AUGGGUGGCUUCGGGACCUCGCGCCCUGCCUCCUCCGUCGCCCUCUGCGCCUUCCUCACCUUCCUCAACCUCUUCGCCUUCCUUCUCGCCGUCGGCGCUGAGCGCCGCCGCAGCACCGUACGCGACCCCUUUCUCUCUCCCUUCGCUCCGGUCCCUCUGCAUCUCCUCCGCUCCUACGCUACGCGCGUCGCUGAGAUCUUCCUGCUCGAUGCCUCGAUGCAGGGGAAGGUGGUGCCGGACGAGUACGACGAGCGGUCCUACUGCCUCUACGACACCGACGCCUCCACGGUCUACGGCGUCUCCGCUUUCUUCGUGCUCCUGCUCCAGCAGGCCGUUGUCACCGCCGCCACGCGGUGCCUCUGCUUCGGCCCCGUGCUCUCCUCCCGCGGCUGCGCCGUCACCGCAUUCGUCCUCUCCUGGAUAACAUUUCUCAUCGCAGAAGCUUGCCUCAUAGGAGGAUCGGUGAGGAAUGCAAAGCACACCAAGUAUUUAGGUUACUAUAUGAAGCAUGACUUGGUGACCUGCGCCACCCUUCGCAAGGGAGUCUUUGCAGCCGCCGCUGCAAUGAUGAUCAUCAACCUCUUGGCGUCCCUUGUGUACUACUGGAGUUACUCAAAAACCGCGACGGGCGGAUUCAUGAAGCACCAAAAUGAGGUUGGUGUGGGCAUGACGGAUUACGGCCUUGACAAGGGUGUUUCUGGGCCCUGA